AUGACAAUCAAUUGCUUGAGCCUUGACCCAAGUAAAAGGCAUCCGCAAGUCUUCGUCCUUGCUGGCCACCCUGCCGCCCUGGGAGUCGAGCGCAAGAAUGCGCCAGGAACAGGUCAGGUUCAGGCACAUCGUCUCGACGUAUCCCAUCCCAUCCCAACCCGACUUCCUGGCCGCAACUCCAAUUUUGCCCGCACUUGUUCUUCGUCUGAAGACGAAGAAGGCGGCCCUGCGUUCACCACCGCCUUGAUGUAUCCCACCACGCCUGCCGACGGCUCGUCGACUAUCCGUUUCCGACCGGGUAUAUUGUUGCUCCGUUGUCACAAGGUAGUGAAUGAGGAUCGGUACGUUGCCUUACACCCAGGUUAG